AUGGCGGACUUCCGGAAAUGCUACGUCACGGCUGACUCCCCGUCGGAGUGCAAGCUGCAGGUGGACGACUACCUUGAAUGCCUGCACCACACGAAGGAGCUGGAGCGCGCCCAUGUUCUGCAAGAGCAUCUGAUUAAGCGCCAGGCCGAAGAGUCUCGGCAGGCGCGUGAGGCUGCCAAGAAGGGCGGCCUUGCUGGCCCCCGCUUGGGCCUGAUCGAUUUGGAUGCGGAGCCCAAGGCGGACGCGAAGGAGUCCAAGGCUGAGGCGUAA